CUGCCUUCAAUGCCUCUGUGUCGUUUGAUUCUAGAUGGCUCCUAUGUACCUGUUCCGUCCCCCUUGGGCAAGAUUAAAAGCAUGACAAAAGAGAAAGCCGAUGUCCUCCUCCUGAGGGCUGGAUUGCCCUCCCGCCUCCAUCUUCAGCUCUCUGAAAUUGAGUUCCACGAGAUUAUCGGCUCAGGUUCUUUUGGAAAAGUCUAUAAAGGGCGAUGCAGGAAUAAAAUCGUGGCAAUCAAACGAUACCGAGCCAACACCUACUGCUCCAAGUCAGACGUGGAUAUGUUUUGCCGAGAGGUGUCCAUCCUCUGCCAGCUCAACCACCCUUGCGUGGUUCAGUUUGUGGGAGCCUGCCUGGAUGACCCCAGCCAGUUUGCCAUAGUGACACAGUACAUAUCUGGAGGUUCCCUGUACUCUCUCCUUCAUGAACAGAAGAGAAUUCUUGACUUGCAGUCCAAACUAAUUAUUGCUGUAGAUGUUGCCAAGGGCAUGGAGUACCUGCACAGCUUGACACAGCCAAUCAUACAUCGAGACCUGAACAGUCACAACAUUCUUCUCUACGAGGACGGCCAUGCUGUGGUGUCAGAUUUUGGAGAAUCAAGAUUUCUGCAGUCCCUGGACGAAGACAACAUGACAGAACAGCCAGGGAACUUGCGCUGGAUGGCUCCCGAGGUGUUCACACAGUGUACGCGCUACACCAUCAAGGCAGAUGUCUUCAGCUAUGCCCUGUGUCUGUGGGAGCUCCUCACCGGAGAAAUUCCCUUCGCGCACCUCAAGCCAGCGGCUGCAGCAGCAGACAUGGCAUACCACCACAUCCGACCUCCCAUUGGCUACUCCAUCCCCAAGCCCAUCUCAUCACUGCUGAUGCGGGGCUGGAAUGCAUGUCCUGAACCUUGA